AUGGCUAUGGGCGUGGAUACGAAAGGGGAGGGCUAUUUGGAGAAAGUAGACGAAGCGAGCGUGGGGAAUGGCAGCGAGUCAGAGGCAGAUAACGUGCACCCUGGUGAAUUAUCAUUCGAGGAGGAUGCAGCUGGCGGAAUGGGGCGCCAUCUUGGGGUAUUCAGUUGUACCAUGCUUAUCGUCGGCCGUAUAAUCGGGACGGGCAUCUUCUCUACACCCUCCUCCAUCCUCAACUCCGUAGGCUCGGUCGGAGCCUCCCUCAUGCUCUGGGUAUUGGGUUUCGUACUGUCUUUCUGCGGUCUCUUCGUGUGGCUCGAGUAUGGGACCAUGUUCCCUCGUUCUGGAGGAGAGAAAGUCUACUUGGAGGCGGUCUACAAGAAGCCCAAGUUCCUUGCGACUGUCAUCUUCGCGAUGAACGCGAUUUUAUUGGGAUUUACGGCCUCUGGGUGCAUCGUCUUCGCCAACAACAUCCUCAUAGCGGCCGGACACGCCGCGCAACGGUGGGUCGUACGCGGAAUCGCCCUCGGCGUGAUAUUCUUCGUCACUGCCCUUCACGGCCUGACGCCAAAGCUAGGCAUCGCCCUCAUGAACGCUCUCAGUAUGUUCAAAAUCAUCAUCCUCCUAUUCGUCGUAGUCACAGGCUGGGUCGUCCUCUCCGGAAAGACCCAUAUCACCGACCCGCACGCGAACUUCCGCGAUGCCUUUGCUGGAAGCUCGCAUAGCAGCAACGAUUACGCCACGGCAACGUUCAAAGUCCUGAACGCCUACGCCGGGUGGUCGAAUGUCAACUAUGUCUUGAACGAAGUGAAGAACCCCGUGCGCACGCUAAAGAUCGCGGGCCCGCUCGGGUUGGGAAUCUGUGCGGUCCUGUAUCUUCUGGCCAAUGUCGCAUAUUUUGCGGCGGCGACGAAGGCAGAGAUACGAAAGUCAGGAGUGACAGUUGCCUCGUUGUUCUUUGGAAAGGUGUUCGGUGCAGAAGCACAGAGGGCUCUGUCGGUCAUCGUUGCCUUGAGCGCUCUCGGAAAUGUCAUCACGGUUACCUACGCUGCCUCGAGAGUCAAUCAAGAACUCGCCAAAGAAGGCGUCCCACUUCCAUUCGGCAACCGUUUCUGGGCAUCGAACUGGCCGACGGGUAAGUCGCCUCUUCCUGGACUCAUCGUGCAUUUGAUCCCAUCGGUCAUCGUCAUCCUCGCUCCGCCUCCGCAAGUCGCGUACCCCUUUAUCCUUGACGUGGAGGGGUACCCACAACAGAUUAUCAAUUUGUUCAUCAUCUUGGGGUUAUUUUGGCUGAAGUGGAAGAAACCCAACGCUCAUCGACCAUUCAAGAUUUGGCUUCCUCUAGCCGUGUUCUUUUUGGCCGCCGCCGUCUUUCUUAUCAUCGCACCGUUCCUCCACCCAGCGAACAAAGUCGGUGAUACGCCACCAUUACCCUACUACUUAUAUUGCCUCGUCGGUAUCGCCAUCAUGCUGUUCGGCGUUCUAUACUGGGCUAUAUGGCGUAUCGUGCUACCCAAAUUGUUCAAGUACGAGCUCGUGCCGAGGAAGGUGGUGUUGGAGGAUGGGACUGUCGCCAAUGUGUUUUCGAGGAAGAAAAUCGAGUAG